AGCAACGCCGGAUAACCUCAAAAAGUCGGCUUCUUGUUGAUCGUUCACGCGACGUUAGCACAACGCUAACAGUUUUCCGAAAGUUUAAACUUUAAUUUAUAAGAAAACAAAUUAAAAUGGCAUUCAAACCACCGAAAGUACAGAAGGUGAUGGUCCAACCCAUCAACCUUAUCUUCCGUUACCUCCAGAAUCGCUCACGCGUCCAAGUUUGGCUGUACGAGAACGUUAACUUGCGAAUUGAGGGGCACAUUGUCGGUUUCGACGAGUACAUGAAUCUGGUGUUAGACGACGCAGAAGAAUAUUACACGAAAACUAAGAACCGAAGACAAUUAGGACGAAUUAUGCUCAAAGGCGAUAAUAUUACGCUGAUUCAGGGCGUUACUCCAACACUUGCUUGAUUUCCAACCUCCAACAACCUUAAAAACUAUUUUGAAGCAAUUACAUUUAAGUUAAAUUAAGUUUUACUUACAAUAAGCUGUAAUUUUAACUAGUAGAAUAAAUCUUUUGUAUGUAAA